AUGUCGUCCCCGUCGCCGGAAGAGAAGCAGACGCAGAAGGACAAGGUUAUCGCGCAGGCGACCGCCAAGCUCCAAGAGGCGCAGCAGGAGGCCGAGUCGGCCGCGGAGGCCCGUCGCCGCGCCGAGGGGGUCGAGGACCCUGAGGAGAAGAAGAAGAUCUUAGCCGAGGCGGCGGAGCACGAAAAGAAGUCAAAGUCCCUUGCAAAGCAGUCGCAGCGCCUGCAGAGCGGCGUCUGGCAGGGCGGUAUCGGCGGCGCGGGCAUUGGUGCUGGGGUCGGCACGGGUUUGGGCGCCGGCGUGGGGACGCUGGUCGGCACUGUCGUUGGGGGCGUCACGGCGAUCCCGACCACGGGGUUGGGACUCCUUGUCGGUGCCGGGACCGGGGCGAUUCAUGGGCCCUGGUACAAGUUGGACCAGGAGAAGAAGAAGGAGGCGGGCGAGGAAGGGGGAGAGGCUGCCGCAGAGGAUGAGAAGGAUGGGAAGGGCGACAAGUGA